CCCCCCCCCCCGGAGGUUUCCUUCGUACUAAGACGACAAAGAGAUCUCUGUGGUUAACAACCGUGUGAACUGAAGGUAAUCAAGCAUCACAUGACACAGCGACUCCAUGAACAGGGGGGAUCGUGGGAGAUGGCGAGGAGUCUGAGCCGCCGCCGUCGUCAAGGCUCUGGUUUGAGGUUUUCAACACGCUGUCGGUGUGUUGGCUGACUGUUCGCUAUCGCCCACCUCCAAUCUGGAUAGUGGAUACUAGCAUGCUGCCGCAGCAGAAUGGGACACCACCAGCUGCUUCAUAGCUAAUGCUAUCACGGCUACUACUAUGAAUGUUGUUGACCAUUAAGGAGCUGACAGCAAUAUAAUUAUCGUAGGAGCAGAGAGGUAUUAAUAAUAUAUGAUUCUGGAUACUUGGAGGCGAGCCUGGAUAAAGUACUUGGAUUACAGUACCACCGGAACGACAGGGAAAACAAAUGACAAACAAACUGCAUGUGUGUGCAGGGUUGCGGAAACAGAGCAGAAUUGCAGAUGACCUGAGUUGUUUUCAUUUUAUUUGCUGCCGAGUGACUGGUAUGAUGUGCACUGAGUCGGACACACUGCAUGUGUGAGUCUGCACUGCAGCCCCCUCGCACCACACACUCUAAGAAAUGGCAGAUACGAGAUGAGACGAGCGCUGAUUCCGUCGCAGGCAACGCCGGAGACCCCACGGACAACUCGAAUACACUCCGACAUUGUGUGUGUUACACGACUGAUUGGCUGAAAUGGACACACCUGCAGUGCUCUGACUCACCGUCUCCUACCACAAAGUCUCCUAGCCUCAUUCAACAUGUAGUAUGUAUGAGCCACGUUGACUUACGUUCUCACCUGCCAAACCUUAGAUGAAUGAACUACCAAAGCCUGAGCCAAAUCGAUUUUCUCUUACGCUGUGCUGAGUCUACUGACAUGUUUCUGCCUCGCUUGUCCUUGAAGUGAGUGCUGGGACCCUGCUGGGACGUCCGUGACCUGCCCAUAGAGGUGGGGGCCUCAGAGCGAGCCAGAGCAGCUAGGGCUGACCGCGGUGUUGCCUGAGCCUGUGUGAGGUGAGGCAACAGCUGCAGAGAGAAGAGGAGGGGGAGGGAAGACGGGGAGAGGAGCGCCUACGGAGAGACGAGAGCUGUGACACGCAAGCCUGCAGCAAGCACUUCGGCCGAGUGGACUGAACUAGACACUGUGAGAAGGUGACAAGAACCCACGUCCUCGCGCUAUCAUUCUGUCAUUUUUCUAUGCUCCUGGCAACCAGAUCUAAACCGGCUGUCGCUAACGUCACACCGAGAGCAGGUGUCACCUUCGUAUCAGAUUCGUCUGUCACUCUCUGCUACUCUCAUCUGCCUGUCCACCUGAGCGCUUCUGUUUUGCUUUCUAAUUUUGCCGCCCCUUCCCUCCUUCAUUCACUGUCGAUCUGAGAUGGGAAGCUCCAUGGGUUGUGUGCGGCCUCCUAGGGAGGGAGGACACGGCUUCCCCCCGCUGUCCCCCAACCCCAAACGGCGCCUCCGCUUCCGGCGGAAACGCAAAGGAAAGAAGCACCAGAAAGGAGGGUCGUCGGUAGGCUCGGAGGUGGAAAGCAUAAGGAUAAGCAACAUACCAGAGGAAGAGGAUGAGGAGGAAGAGGACAAAGGUACUGUCACGGAGGCAACCACAGCGUCGUUCAAAACUAUGAGUGACGUCGGAGCCAAAAUCACCAAUUUAACCGUGCCUCAGGCUCAAACUCAAUCCAGACUGCCCAGUGCUCUCUGUGCUGACUCCACGAGUGACAGCAUGGGAGGGUUGGGUGGUAGCAGAGUGCUGGAACUGUCCCCUGAGCCAAGCCCAGUGUGGAGAAGGCUGUCCUACCCCGGAGCUGGGAGUGAGGAAGAGGGGACGAGCAGUACCAUGGAUGCUUCAAGCAGCCAAGGGCAACCCAGUGAGAACCUCACCCCAGACAACCCUGACAACUCUGACCCAGCUGUCCCAUCCCAGGUGCACACCACCCCUGGCGGGGGUCAGGUCUGCAAAGUCAGGGAGCGAGAACAAGGGGUCCUGGAGAGGCCUUCCAUACUAAGACCCAAGAAAGAAAGGGAAAGAGAAAAGGAGGAGAAAGGGGUGGAGGAUGAAGGUGGGGGCGGGGUAGCAGGGACGCUGGGGGUUGCUUUUAACACCCCUCCGGAAAAGGAGCGCAAAGGGGUGGUGCACAUUCGUGAGGUGGGGGGCUUGCUGUGUGUUGUAAGGACAGUCUACCCCAGUGACUUUGGGUGCCCAGUUUGGACAGGAGAUGGUAACCAUGACAACGAGGUAGAGGUACGUGCCGAACCUCCAGCUGCAUCCCCAGUGACUGGGAACAUCCUCAAAGUACAGCUUUCUGAGGAGGACAUCGCGAGAGCCAAAAUUGACGCCACCUGUCUCAAUAAGACGGCUAACCGCCCGGGGACCCGGGAAACUACAAAGGUCAAGGAAGGCACAGUGACUGGAAACAAAGUGCAACUCUCUGAGGAGGAUAGCGGGAGAGCCAAAAUGGAUGCCAGGACCGCUUUCCUGAUGGAGACCCAAGAAACUACAGAAGUCAAGGAACUUAGUCUGGAUAAACCAGCCCAGGUCCAAGAGGGGCUAUUAAUUCAGAACCCUUUUGCCUCUGGCUAUGCCAGCGAUCUGCUACCCACCUCCCCAGAGACUGGAGGCGCCACCCAGGUAGGCAGGGUUGGCCUGACCCAAAGGAGAGACAAUAUGGACACCUCAGGUCCCAAUAUGACUACCAACCUUCCAGGGACCCAGGGAACUACGGAAGUCGAGGGACCCUCGGUACAGGACCCUCUGUCCUCAGGCUAUGCCAGCGACCUUCCACUAACCUCCCCAGAGGCAGGGGGCGCCACCCAGGGAGACUGGGAAAGCUCCAGAGAGGGACUGGACUCUGCAACAGACAGUCCUCUAUCUCCACCCCAGGUCACCACAAAGCAGUUCCCUCAGAUCUCGGAGAUCUAUGUGAGUGGUGAGUCUGGGGACCUGACGGCUAAGGAGAAGCUGUUGUUAUGGAGCCAGCAGGCCACAGAGGGCUGGCCUGGCCUCCGCUGUACCAACUUCUCCUCCUCCUGGAGCGACGGACGCAUGUUCAAUGCCCUGCUCCACCGAUUCAGGCCAGACCUGAUUGACAUGGAGGUGGUGGCGCAGCAGAGUAACCUUGACAACCUGGAGCAGGCCUUUGAGAUCGCAGAGUCACUAGGGGUGACCAGACUUCUGGACGCUGAAGAUGUGGACGUUUCGUCUCCAGAUGAGAAGUCGGUCAUCACGUACGUCUCCUCCAUCUACGAUGCCUUCCCCAAGAUCCCCGAGGGAGGAGAGGGCAUCGCCGCACACGAGGUGGACCAGCGCUGGGCAGAGUACCGCUCUCGUUUCUCCACGCUGAUCCAGUGGAGCCGGCAGCACAAGGCCCUCAUGGCCAACAAGACCUUCCCACUGGACCCUGUGGAGCUCAAGGAACUUUACAAUGAGUACGUCCAUUUCAAGGAGACUGAGAUCCCUGCCAAGGAGCUGGAGAAGAGUCGCGUAGAACACCUCUACAAACUGCUGGAGGUAUGGAUGGAGUUUGGGCGCAUCAAGCUGCCCCUGGGCCUGCACCCCAAUGACCUGGAGGAGGAGUGGGGCAAGCUGAUCCUGGAGAUGCUGGAGAGAGAGAAGGCCCUGCGGCCCGCUGUGGAGAGACUGGAGUUAUUGCUGCAGAUGGCCAAUAAAAUCCAGAACAUGGCCCUGGAUUGUGAGGAGAAACUCACCCUGGCCAAGAACACACUACAGGCCGACAUGUCCCUGGUGGAGAGUGGCGAGGCGGUGCGUUGUGAGAGGGAGCUGGGGUUGUACCUGCAGGACUGUGAGGUUCUGAUCAGACAGCUCAACCUGGACCUCAACAUCCUCCGAGAUGAGAAGUACUACCAGGUGGAGCAGCUCGCCUUCAGAGCGUCCUGUCUACAUGAGGAGCUGGUCUCUCUCCGGCUCCAGUGCUCCAGCGUCUACAGAAAGGGCCACUUCUCCCCGGUGACAGGCGGAGACCGGACGGCCCCGCGGGGGAGCGACAGUGGUCUCUCCCUGUCCACGGGGGCCCAGACCCUGCUGGGGGCAGUAGGAGUGGUGGGGGCGAUUGGGGCGGCGUUGCUCAGGAGACCCAUGUCCCGCUCUCAGCUGGUGGCCAUGUCGUCCUCGGAGGACGAAGGAAGUCUCCGGUUCAUCUAUGAACUCCUGGGAUGGGUGGAGGAGACACGGGACGUGUUGGAGCGUGCCGAGUGGGGGGCGGACCUGCCCUCUGUAGAGCAGAACCUCCAGGACCACCAGAACAUCCACACUGCCGUGGAGGAGCUGCUGCACAGCCUGAAGGAGGCCCGCAACUACGAGACGAAAGUCUCUCCGAACUUCAGGAGCAGUUAUUCUGACACUCUGGCCAAGCUAGAGCAUCUAUACUGCAAACUACUGGAACUCUCGUCAUGGCGUCUGCGCUGCCUGGAGAGCCUGCAUGCGUUUGUGUGUCGCUGUACAGAGGAGCUGAUCUGGCUCAACGAGCGAGAAGAGGAGGAACUGGCCUACGACUGGAGUCAAAACAAUACAAACGUCAAUGCCAAGAGAGAGCUAUACGCCGAAAUGAGGUCAGAGCUGGAGGAGAAGCAGGAAGUCAUGCACUCGCUGCAGGAAACAGCCGACCGGCUGUGUCAGGAGAACCACCCGGCCAAACAGACAGUGGAGGCGUACAGUGCAGCACUGCUGACCCAGUGGCAGUGGGUGCGCCAGCUGUGUGUGUGUGUGGAGCAGCAUCUCAAAGACAAUACUACCUACUUCCAGUUUGUGAGUGACGCACGGGACUGCGAGACGUAUCUGCGUCAGCUCCAGGACACCAUAAAGAGACAGUACACCUGUGACAAGAGCAGCAGGCUGAGCAAGCUGGAGGACCUGCUGCAAGACUCUAUGGAGGAGAAGGAGCAGCUGAUUGAGUACCGCAGCUCGGUGGCUAGCCUGGUGGGCCGGGCCAAGACGGUGGUGCAGCUCCGCCCCCGCAGCGCAGAGAGCACCCUGGGAAGCACCACGCCCAUCCGCGCCAUCUGUGACUACCGGCAGAUAGAGAUCACCAUCAGCCGAGGUGAGGAGUGUGUGUUGGCGGACAACUCUCAGAGGACUAAAUGGAAGGUGAUCAGCCCCAGUGGGAACGAGGCCAUGGUGCCGUCAGUCUGCUUCACCGUGCCACCGCCCAACCAGGAGGCCAUGGACACCGCCAGCAGGAUGGAGCAGCUGUACCAGAACGUGAUGUCUCUAUGGCACAAUCUACACGUCAGCAUGAAGAGUGUGGUCUCCUGGCACUACCUGCAGAAAGACAUCAGGACCGUCUCCUCAUGGAGCCUAGACACGGUACGUUCCCAGACCCCUGUGGCCAGGGACCAGGCUCUGGACCACUUGGAGGCCCACCUGGCUGACUUCCUCUCUGACAGCAAAGAGAGCGCCCUCUUCACCCCGACCGAGAGACGCGAGUUGGAGAGAGACGCCCACACCGCCCAGGAACACUGCCAGGACCUGCUGGUCAACAUGGAGACAGUGGAGAAGGAUGAGUCUGUCUCUCGGUCCUACCUGUCAGAGCUCCAGAAUAUUAAACUGCGUCUGGAGGAGGCGGAGCAAAGGCUGAUGCGCGGCAUUCAGACUCCUCCCCCUAGCAACCGAUCGGGUGACAGCGUCGACAACACUGUUCAAAUUGCAGAGCAGGAGAAGCUGCAGUCGGACCUGGAGGGUCUGCGGACCAGUCUUGGUGAGGUGUCUCGUCGCUGUGUGCGUUUCUUUGAGGAGAAGCCCACCUCCUCCAGUGUCCCCGUGCUGCGCUCUGAACUCAACCUGGCUGUGGAGAAGAUCGACAGACUACACAACCUCUCCUCCGUCUACCUGCACAAGCUGAAGACAGUAGAUGUGCUGAUGUACAGCUUGCAGGCCGCAGAGAGCCAGGUGAAGAGGUACGAGAGCAGGCUGAGUGAGGAGGACAUCGUCCCUGCAGGCACCAACGCCAUCCAGGCUCUACGGGAACAACUGGGGACGUGGCAGUCGGAGCUUGAGGACCAGGAAGGGGUGUUUAGCUCCCUGCAGUCGGCGGUACAGAAGGCCCGAGAGGCGGGGACUCAGCUGAACAGGCUCCACCCAGACCGCAGCCCGGAGCUGGAGCGCUACCAGGAGAGAGCCACCCAGCUCACCGAGAGGUGGGCCGGAGUCAAGAGACAGAUGGACACACGGCGAGGGGAGCUAGAAGCCCUGGGCUCGGUCCUGCAGCAGUACAGAGAUGGUCACUCUGCUCUGAUCCACUGGAUAGAGGAGACCACUGAGAGACAGGAGAACACCCAGCCUGGAAAGACUGACAGCAAAGUCCUGUCUGAACAACUAGCACAACAAACGGCAUUAGUAGCCGACAUCGAAAAGAACCAGACCAAACUGGACGAGUGCCAAACGCACUCAAAACAGUACUGCACCUCUGUCAAGGACUACGAGCUGCAGCUGAUGACAUUCAGAGCGUUUGUGGAGUCGGCACAGAAGUCGACCGGGAAGAGGAGGAGGAUGCACUCUUCAUCAGACGCCAUCACGCAGGAGUUCAUGGACUUGCGCACGCGCUACACAGCCCUGGUUACCUUGACGACGCAGCACGUCAAGUACAUCAGCGAUGCACUGAGAAGACUAGAGGAGGAAGAGAAAGAGGUGGAGGAGGAGAGGCAGCAGAGGGUAGGCCAGGUGUCAGAGCUGCUGGGCUGGGUCAAGGGCCUCCAGGGCCGAGCAGGGGACCCCUCCGCCGAGUCAUCCAUCGCAGCGCAGGAGGCCGUGAGUGAGCAGUUAGCGGCUAAGAAGGAGGAGGUGGCUAAGGUUAUCAGGAACACCCAAGUCUUCCUGAUGUCUAAACAGGCCAGCAAGUUGUCCCCAGAGGAACGUGCUCAGGUGACCUCCCAGCUGGACGAGCUGACUGCCACCUACAGCCAGCUGUGUGACAGUUCCACCGCCCAACUGCAACAGCUGGUGCAACAGCAGGCCAAAGAGGAGCAGAGAAAGAGCCAAUCUGCCAUUGGCGGAGUUAUUGACCUGGGCACCAUGGAAACCGUCCCAGUCUUCCAAGCUGCACAGCGUGGCCUCAUAGACCUGGACACCUGCCAUGUCUUAUUGGAGGCCCAGCUCACCAUGGGCGGGUUGUUUCAGCUUGACUCCCCUGUGAGCCUAUCACUGGAAGAGGGCCUCAACUGUGGCAUGAUUGAUAGUCACAUCAGCCAAUCCCUAUCAGAGCUGGAGAGUGCCUUGCAUCUUGUCGACCAGACAGAACAACUGGAGGGCCAGCUCCUCCCAGUGGCUGCAGCCAUGGAGGCAGGCCUUAUCAAAGAGGAGGUGGGGCUGCGUAUCCUGGAGCUGCAGAUAAACACAGGAGGCCUGAGGGAGUUAGGAGAAGGUAGACUAACCCUGAAUAGUGCCAGAGAGAUGGGCCUGCUGACCCCAAGGGUCUACACCAAGCUCGGGUCACGGGUCAAUCGGCGGGAGCUUAUUGACCCCAACACAGCUGAUAAACUGAAUCUGGACGAACUGCGGCAGCGCUGCAUCCUCAGCGAUGACACCGGCUUGUAUCUGCUGCCAGUGAAACAGCAGCCAGGAGGCACAGUCUGUCUCCGAUCUGGCAGGAAGGUCGGGAUCUUCCGUGCCGUCCAAGAGGGACUGAUUGACAGGCAAGUAACAGUGAGAUUACUGGAGGCCCAGCUGUUUGCUGGUGGCAUCUCUGACCCCCGUUCUGGGCAUCUUCUGACUGUGAACGAGGCUGUGCGUCACAAUCUGAUGGACCAGGACCUGGCCUGUGCCAUGCUGACCCACCAGCUGCAGAGUGGUGGGAUACUAGACCCUGUAACUGGGGAUCGCCUAGGGGUGGAUGAAGCCAUCCAGACGGACCUGCUCUCACCUCAUCUGGCAUUGCUGGUGCUCGAGUCCCUCUUGGCUUUCAUGGGGAUGCUCUGGCCUGAGUCAGGGGAGCUGCUGCCCAUUGCAGAGGCUCUACAACAAGGGGUAAUCUCGGAAGAACUAGCUUGGAACAUCCUGAGACAACGCCAUGCGAUAGGUGCCCUCUACCUUCCGGAAACCCCCAAGGUUGUGUCCCUGAAUCAGGCUAAGGAGGUCCUUGAACCCAAAGUGGCUGAGAUUCUGAAGGAGAUUCAGAUCCCCGAUGUGCUGCACAAUAUGAACCAGUCAGGUUCCCCAAAACUGAAUCGCCUAAUCUGGGGCUCCACUGGCACAUCCCAUCCUCCCUCCUCGUCCCCUGCCUCUUCCCCAGGGCCCCACUGUGACCCCUCAUUCCUGGAGAAAAUGGCCCCUGAGGAGCAAGCACAUCACCGCCUGCUUUUCCAUUUAAUGACCCACAGCUAUGUGGAUGCCCAUUCUGGCCAGCGCUUAGUGUUGCUCGAGCCUGAGCUGGUGGAACUUGUCAAGGCUGCUGCAGGUCUGAUCAAGGUGGAUCCAAUGCCUGGAGUGGUUGAGGAAGGGUUGAGUUUGACUACAGAAAGACAGGAGUGUAUGGAAGUGGUGCCAGAUGUAAGUUUGCCGGAUACUCUGCAGACAAGGGAAAUUGGAAAGGUCCAAGAAAAGAGUGCAAUAUUCAGCUUGCCUGAAAAAUAUAUUUAUUCCAGAAAGAUGGUAGAAGAAGCUGAUAAUGAAGGAUGGGAUGGUACACCUGACACAUUGCAGGCUAAUCAAACUGGAAUAAAGGAGAUGGGGCAGGUAGACCUUGACUCAACCAUGAGAAUAAGUGAGGAGGUCGAUGGAGGUGUACAUGGAGAAGUAAAAGGUGAAAAGGAUGAAAUGGUUAGUUUUGAAAGUGCCCCGCCCUCAGCUGGACUACCGGAUAAGCAAUUAAUUACAGACUCGUAUGAAGAUGGGCUGGUAGAGAUGGAAUCAGAGGGCGCAAGAAAGAGUGGUCACAGAAAGGCGAAGAAGGACUCCCUCGUGGAAGACGUUGACAGUACACUUGUAGAAGCCUUAGAAAUGUACUCGACACCGGUAAAGCCAGAGACUUUGAUGCCAAACCAAUUUUUCAAAGAACCUGAUAUCUCCCCAUCAGAGACAAAGGAAAAGGAGGGUGUGCCUGUGAGUGUUGGAGUUAAGUAUGCUAUGAAGGAUACUCAGAGGGUCACAGAGAAGACCCAACCCCAUGUUAUGAGAUUAGAGGCAGCAGCGGUGAAGAGUGAGGAGGAUGUUGAGCUGGAAAGGUUGGCCUCGGAGCUUCAGCAAGGGGGUCUACUGACUGAAGGAGGGCGGCGGCUUCUCCCGGACGAAGCCGUGGCUCAGGGGGUCCUCCCUGGACACACUGCAGUCAAGCUGAUGGCCAAGGUAGGACUUUUUGGAGGUUUCCUGGAUGUCAGUGUGUGCGAAUCCCUGAGCAUGGAGGAUGUGAUGCAGGAGGGUCUGCUUGAUGAAGACCUGAUGUGGAGUGUGCUGAAAUCAGAGAAGACCCUGGCAGGGGUAGUGGAUGUAGAGAAGGGGAAGAUUUGUACCCUGAAGGAUGCUGCUCGGGCAGGCCUGAUAGACUACAACACAGCUGCUCGGCUCCUGGAGGCCCAGGUGGUCUCAGGGGGCGUGGUUGACCUGCGAAGAGACAAAAAAGUAUCUGUUACCCUGGCAGCCAACCUUGGGCUGAUAGAGGAAGACCAAAGAGAGAAGCUAUUUGCGUUGGAGAAGUCAUACCGCGGAAAAGGCUCAGACCCAGAUGCAUCUCUCACCAAAGCAACAUUGCAGCUGCAAAUUAAUGGAGUUGUAGAUCCCAAAACUAAGUCACCUGUUCCCCUAAAGCAGGCCCUUGAAAGAGGUUUGCUUGGGCAGGAGGAAGUCUAUCAAGCCUUGUCCCAGCAAGUGGCGGAGGGUGGCAUCGUGCACCACAACUCUGGAGUUAGACUGUCAGUUACUGAUGCUUUGCAGCGAGGUCUGGUAGACUGUGCCAUAUCCCCAAAACUGUGGGAGUUAGAGAGGGCAUGUCAGGGGGAGGUAGGCCUCUCUUCAAACCCAGAUGCUGCCCUCCUCCAGGCAUCCACAGGUUCCAUUUUGGACCCUGAUUUAAAGUGUAGACUUACAUUGACAGAGGCUGUCUCUGAUGGUCUGCUCAAUGAGAGCAUUGCCAAGAAAGCAAUGGUUUCUCCAGGUGUAACAGAAGGUGUUUUGGAUCCACAAAGUGCCCAAAUUGUGCCUUACUCAGACCUUGUUAAGCAAGGCAAGAUUGACAUUAAGAGUGGAAAGCGCUUCUUGGAAGUGAAGCCUUUCAAGGGAAUCCAGGAUAAGCAAACAGGUGAAAUCCUGAACCUAGCUAAAGCAAUUGUAUCUCAACAAGUUGAUCCUGUCCCAGCACUCAGAAUGUUGCAAAGCCAGGCAGACACUGGAGGGAUUAUUGAUAUUUCCAAUGGAGCUAGGCUCCCUCUGCCUAAAGCCUCUAAGAAAGGGCUGGUGGGAGAACAUAUGGCCAGGCUCAUUGCCACCAACCAGGUUCUGAAAGGGGGCUUGCUUGACCCUUCCACUGGGCAGAGAGUCUCAAGCCUGAAGAACGCUGUCAAAGAUGGGCUUAUAUCCAGAGAAAUGGCUGCAGAGCUCCAGGACAACCUGGGCUCCAUGGAAGUAGAAUGUGACGAUGAGGAUAGUUCAACACCCGUUGCCUCUUCAAGUAGUCCUGCAUUAUCAAUAUCCAGUCCAGACAGCCAAACCAAAAUAAUGAUCGAAAGCUCUGAAGUGAUUUCUCCAACCCUACAUCCAGAAGAGUCAGAAAAAAGGUACAACCUUUUGAUGAUCGCAGACGACAUUGCGAAGACUCUAGAAGCUGGAACAUUCACGCAGUCAGGAGCUAUGCAACACCAUGGCUCUGUUUACAUUGAAGAAGAGAUGGAAGAGGAACAGGUCUCAAUAGCCGGGAAGACAUUGGAAAUUGAGUCAAACCAGUCAAUCAAUUUGUUGGAUCAGUUUACAGUCAAUGCAGAGAAAAGGCUUCAGCGGGCCCUUCAGGAGAUGGAGACGUCGCAAGAUGUUACUGUUAGAACACCAGAACAGGAUAACAAAAAUGAUUCUAGAUCAGUUGGUGGAAGUAGUUCAAUCAUGCUGCAGGGGCAAUCUGCUAUGGGGAAAGAACCACGGAUGGAUUCGACAGUGGCCAUUGGCAGAGAAGGUAGAGACCAAGAGGGCAGCAUAGACAUGUCUACCCUAGUUCAGAGAGAUGAAGGGAAGACACACGUGGUAGAAGACAGUACUGAGAGAGUGGCGGAGCAAGGUAGAAUGGAGGUUGAGCGGGAUACAAAGAUUGAGGCCAGAGAGAGCGAUGAUCUUGGACAUGCAUCACCCAAUUCUAAGGAGGCCGAAGGUAAGAGCAAAAAGAAGAGGAAGAAUAAGAAGAAAGGAAAAGGGAAGGAGGUCGAUACUGAGCAAAGACCCUCAGAAAAAGCUGAUAUACAGAAAACGGAAAACAAAGACCAGAAUGCACAUUCAGAGGGUAAAGGUCAUAAUUGUAAGGAUAAGGGUGCUGAGUCCACUAGAGGUUAUGUUACCCUACAGGAGAAAGAGGAGUCACCCGUGCAAGAUGUUCAAUCUGCACUCAAAGGUGCUAAGGUACAGACUGUUGAGAGGUUCGACGAGCCAAAGGAUAUUGGCAAAGUAAGGGAAGGUUCUACAGUUCUACCAGGAGCCAUAGAAGAUGCUCUUGAGGUAGAGAGAGAGGGUACAGAGAACAAGGUCUUCUUGGUUCAAAGACAGGUAGAGAAGAACAAAACACCAAAGGUAUCUAAAGCAUCAGAGAAGGUUGAACCUGUGACAGAAGAGAUACCAUCCAUCCAUGAUCAAGCAGAUUCUGAAGUGGCACUAGCGAAGGCUGUUCUCGAAAGCUUAGACAAAAAGUCUAAGAUACCCAUCGGAGCAGAAAAGGUUGAACCAGCGACAGAGGAGAGAUCAUCCGUCCAGAAUAGAGUUUCUAAGGAUGAGCAAAAGUGGGAGGUGGAGCAGAUUGUGGAAAAGAGUGAUACAGAUGGGGUGGAGACAGUUUCUCAACAGACUGGACAGCAGGAGCAUAAGGAUAGGAAAGAGGUGGAAUUCACUCUGAAAACCACCCGAGUAGCCAAUGAUAAAGAGGCCCUUUUACUGAAGGCAAAAGAGAGUAUUCUGAGGAAGGUGUUAGGGCGUGGUGUCAGUGAGAAGCAAGCUGCAGAGGAGCUAGUGGCACUGCGUCAGGUAGUGGGGAAGAAAGAGAGUUUGGUGACAUCUGAAGAGGAUCUUAAGACUGUGGGGAGUCCUGAGGUUUCACCAGAAGAGAGGGAGGGUAAGGGAAUUGACAAGAAGGAAGAAGGAGAAAGAGAGAACGUUGUGCCUGACCAUUCUACAAUAACUGUAGCAGCAGAGGAAGUGACAAAGGCUUUAGAAGUAGAGAAAGAGAAAGUUCUAUCAGAACAGUCUAAAAGAGAAGAGAAAGGGGAGAAGGUUGUGUUAGACCAGAUUGAAGAAGGAAAGGAGGAUACAUCUCUAACAGACCAGCUUAAAGAGACCAAGUCGGGAAAGAAAAAUAAAAAGAACAAAAAGUCGAAGAUGCAUAAAGUGGCAGAAAAAGUUGAACCUGCGACAGAGGAGAAGCCGUCCAUCCACAAUAGAGCAGAUUUGACACCGGCUGAUGUUGACAGCUCAGCCUCUGGGGAAGAGCAGAAGAUUGAGAAGCAGCAAGACAGUCAAUCAGACAGUGAUGUAACAAGGGUGGCAAGUGGUGACGAGCUGAACAAAAUGGCUGCCUUUACUAAGAGUCCUAGUGGAGUUGACACCAAUCAACGAAGAUCAACCCACACCACUGCACCAUACCAAGUCGAUGUACAUCUUGAGGAGAAAACUGAGGAGGACAUUUCUUUGGGGAGAGAAACUGAUCCGCAUGGCAAAGAAAUUGAACAAUUUAGGAUUGGUACACCUGAGAAAGAUGUCCACCCAGACACCCAUCAUGUUAUUGACAUUGUGGAUGCCUCUCCUGAAGCCCUUGUAUCCAUGUCGGGCGCCCAUCUGGUCAAGUCCUCUGUGGCACCUGCUACCCAGCCGGCUAAAACCACUGGCAAAAUGAAGAAGAAGAAAAAGAAACGCCUGCAGGAGCAGAAACUUGACAGUCCCACUGAAACUGAGUCUAAAGAGGAAAAGUACCUUGAGUCCACAGAAUCAGGACAGUUCUGGUCUGUUGAGAACCCACAGGCUGAUGAGAUUGUCGAAUCUGAUACAACAGAAGUACCCGAUUCUGAUACAACUGACAGCUGGAAGGAGGAUGGAGAAAUCCAAGAAUUGGAGAUAACGAAAGAGAAAAGCCCAGCUAAGAAGGGAAAGUCCUCGUUGCUCCGCCAGGAAUGCCUGGAACGUGACCAGCAAAUUGUGGCUCUGCUCUCUAUGGUGAGACACAUCGAGGUUCGCGUCAAGCAGCAGCAGCAACAACAGUCGAUUGGUCGCAGCCUCAUUGCUCUUGAUGACAUCAUCAAGCAAACAGAUACCUUGGAUCUAGAACUUCGGGAUUUAGAACCCCAGGUCAACAAGGCAGUGGAUGCUGCUGGGCAGUUGCUGGAGCCCCGCCCACCGGAAGUCCCACCUCAGCUACUAUUGGCCUUGGAGAAGGAUGGCCGAAGCUUAGCUCGAGGUUACGAGGCUGCCAGAGGGUUCUCUGAAAACAUUCUGCAGGGGCUGCGCGCACACAGAGACGCAUAUACGGAGGCAUUGACUGGAGAACAGAAGUCACUUGGAGGGCGAGUAGAGGAUCUUCUUUCCUGGCUGAAGGAGACUGAGGCACACAUUACAGGAAUGGAUGGGCAAACCCAGAGCGAGACUCCUGCUCAGCUCACACAACAGCUCCAGCUGUGCAAGGAGUUGCAGUCGUCUCUCUCGGCCCGCUCCAAUGACGUCAACACGGUGGCCUUUGACAUCCAGGUGUUCAUCUCAGAGCGUGCUCAGGACCUGGCUCCAGAACAGAGCAGGCACCUCCUGGGGCAGCUGCAACAGCUCCAGAGGGGCUUCCACCGAGCCGCUGGCCAAGCCCACGCCAAGACCGACGCCCUCGCCGCCCGGAGAGAGAGGGAGGAGGAGAGGCAGCGCAGACGCGAAGAAAAAGAAGAAGAAGAGAAGGAGAGAGAAAGAGAGAGAGAGAGUGCAAGGGAGAGAGAGGUGGUGCAGCAGGAGAAGGCAGAAUGCUCACAAAAAUUGGAAGGCCUCACGAUGUGGUUGGCUGGAGCGGCCAGCAUGCUGGCCAAUCAAAGAGCGGGAGCAGAGUCAGGUGAUGUGAAUGUGCUGCAGCAGAAACAGAGGGAGUUAAAGGAAGUACAGAAGGACCUGCUGACCAGAGGCGAGGGCGUGGCGGAGACCAUCCGCUCGGUGGAGGAGUUCCUGGCGGAGCACGGUGACAGCCUGAGUCCAGAGGAGAGGGCCAACCUCCAGGGGGCACUGUCCCGUAUGAAGGAGCACUACAGUGCACUGACCGACACGGCCCAGUCCUCCCUGGCCCAGCUGGACACGGCCAUUAGCACCACCGUCCAACAGAACACACAGAGGGCGAAGGCAGUAGAGGAGCUGCAGGAGACACGGGGCCAGAUCGACUCGCUGCUAGAGGAGCUCUCCUCGCUCGACCAGCCUGGGGUGACCGUUACUGACCACCUCUCCUCGUCCUCCUCCACAUCGCCAGAGGGAGGUCUACAAUCACACAGCGACAUGCUCCAGGCGGAGCUCCAGCAGCUCCAGGCACAGCAGGCCCAACUGAUGCAGGUGUCCCAGAAUGCUCGCUCCCUCCUGGACCAGCCCGACUCGGCCGUGUCAGCCGAGGAAAAACGCCGUCUGCGGGACCAGCUAGACCAGCUCCAGACCCAACACCAGGAGAAGCUGCGGGCCUGCCAGGAGAGGCUGAGGCGCUCGGAGGCCCUUAAGGACGAUCUGGCCAAGUUCCUCCAGGAGCACGGAGGCCUGGGGACCUGGCUGGAACAGAGUGAGGGGGAGCUGUGUUCCCUGGGGGAAGGAGAGACGGACGCACAGGGCCUGAAGGGGAGACUGGAAGAGCACAAGAAGCUGGCGGAAGAUGUGAUCUGCCACAAGGCAGACCUGCGCUUUGUGUCCAUCUCUGGUCAGAAGGUGCUGGACUCUGUCCAGGGGGCUCUGGAGAAAGUAGGAGGGUCUGACCCAGCCCUGGAGGAGACCAAGCAGCUGGUCACGGGCAAGCUACAGGAUGCCAACCACCGCUACACCGCGCUGCACACCAAGUCUUCAGAUCUGGGCGGGCGUCUGUCGGGUCUGUUGGAGCGCUACCAGCAGUACCAGGACGAGGCUGUGUCGCUCCACACCUGGCUCAGCGCCCAGGAACAGAACCAGAGUAUAGCCGGACCCAGCGGAGAGACAGACACACAGACACUACAGAACACACUGCGGGCCGUACAGCUGUUGCAGGAUGAGCUGGCGGAGCGGUCAGUCCAGUUGGAGAAGGUGAGGAGGUCAGGCAGAGAGCUGGCCAACACACGGGAAUCCCCCACUCUCAGAGCUGCUGAGAUCACCAGCACUGCAGAUGGUCUGGAGAAGAGGUUCUGCUCUCUGUCUGAGUCCGUGUCGGAGCGGGCUGAGCAGCUCCAGACGUCCGUAGCCCAGUCGGUCAGUGUCCAGGAGGGGCUGAAGGGCUUGCUAGCCUGGCUGGAUGGCCUGCUGCUGACCCCCGGGCCCAUCCAACCUACCGCCCAGGCUGUCCAGGACGCCCUCACACAGAAUCAGAAACUACGCCAGGAGCUGUUAUCCAGACAGGGAAGUGUGGAGGCCACCUGUGACUCUGUCUCCAAACUGCUCCAGAGCUCUGACGCCUCCACGGCCUCCGGGCUCCAAGCGUCACUAGAGAGCCUGACCCAGAGCUACGGCGCGGCACAGGCCAAGCAGGCCGAGAGGGAGGCUGAGCUCCGGGGGCUCCUGCCCAAGCUGGAGAACUAUGAGAGACUGAGUACAGACCUGCAGGGUUUCACUCAGACCUGCCUGAGAGCUCUGAGCCCCGCGGGACAGCCUGACCGCAGUAUGGAGGACUACAGACAGACCAUAGAGGAGGUGAGAGCGGAGCAGGAGCAGGAGGCAGGUCAACUUAAGUCCUUCUGCCAGCUGGGGACAGACCUGAGCCAAGCCAAGGCCCUGACCAGCACACAGACCCUACUGGACAAUGUCAGAGAGGUGUCCGAUGAGUUCGCCCGACUGGAAACUAACAUCAAUGAAAGGUACAACGCCAUCCAGAGUUGUGAGCAGCAGCUGGGCCAGUUCCGGUCUCUCUCUGGCUCCCUCCUCAGGUGGCUCCAGACAACACAGGAGCAGCUGCCUCUCAAAGAGCCCAACAUCAACACAGAGGCCCUGCAGAGGAGAGUGCAGCAGCUCAAGGACUUACUGAGUGACUGGGAGGCCCAAGGGGUUCGGGUUCUGGAGCUGAACAAGACUGGAUCAGAACUGGAGACCCUUAUCAUAAACAUCACAGCCCCCCAGACCAAGACAGGUGUUCCCCAGGUCAAUGGUGCAGGAAGCCCCAGCAGUGUCAAUGGCAUUCACACAUGCAAAGAUCUGACAGAGCUGCAGGUUGCGGUGGCGGAAGUGAACGGUCGUUACGAGGAGCUGGGAGAGGAACUGAAGGACCGACAGUGGCGCCAGGAGACCUCUCUGGAGCUGAGGCAGAAGGCCAGGCAGAGUACCGAGGAGCUCAGCCGCUGGCUGGGAGACCGGGAGAACAGCCUGCACCUGGGCCAGACUGCCGCCUCCCCCUCCAAACCGGAGGUGGUACGCGCCCAGGCCCAGGAGAACAAGGCCUUACUGUCUGAGCUGGCAGAGCAUUCUGGGAAGGUGAAGGAGCUGAAGAGCACCCUGGAGAAGCUGAUAGCAGACAACCCAGACUCCCCAGAGGUAGACACCUGGAGACAACAAAUGAAGGAGAUCGACUCCCGCUGGGCAAAGGCCAAUGAGGCGGCAGUACAGCGGCAGGUGGAACUGGAGACCUGUGCUGAUAGGCUGGGCAGCUUUGCCACAGCAGCCAGUCAGUUGGGGCCGUGGCUCAAAGAGAAGGAGCUGAUGAUGAGUGUGCUGGGACCCCUGAGCAUCGACCCCAACAUGUUGAACACCCAGAAUCAACAAGUACAGUUCAUGCUGCGUGAGUUUGAGACCCGUCGGCCCCAGUUCGACCAACUCACCCAGGCGGCCGAGGGCAUCCUUUCCCCGUCUGGUGGCGACGCCUCCCCGCAGGAUGCCAAGGACCUAGCGGAGGUCCGGUCCGAGCUUGGCUCCAUCUCGCAGCAGUGGGACGACCUCACUCAACGUCUGUCCCGGCGCUCUGAGCACAUCGACCAGGCCCAGGGCACCAGUGAGCGAUACCAGGCCCUGCUGAAGAACCUCUCGGUCAACGUCGGGGCGCUAGGCGAGCGGCUGGACAGCCAAGCUUCGCUCAGUGCCCAGCCCGAGGCCCUGAAACGGCGUCUGCAGGAGACGGGCGAGAUCCGCUCUGAGCUGGAGCAGAGGAGGGAAGAGCUGGGCGAGGCGGAGAAGCUGUGCGGCGAGCUGAGCGCCAUCGUGGUUGAACCUUACCUGAGAGACGAGCUGAAGAAGAGGCUGGAGAGCGUGAGUGGCCCGCUGAGGAGUCUGGAGGAGAGGGCCGCGGACGGUUUAUCCCAGCUCCAAGCCGCUCUCUCCAGCACCCAGCAGUUCCAGCAGAUGUUCGAGGAGCUGCGGAGCUGGCUGGACAACCAGAGUGGUCAAAGAGACUCUACCGCCGACUCCCUCCCCUACCAGCCCGAGGCUAUCCGGACCCUGCUUGCCCAGCAAGACGAGCUUCAUCGCGGGGUGGCCAGCCAACGUGGCCCCUACGAGCUCAUCCAGGCCGAGGGGGCCUCCCUUCUCGCCUCGCUACCCGCCGGCGGCGAAGAACGAUCAGCCUUACUGUCCCGGCUUACCGCCCUCCGCCAGGACUGGGAUGAUCUCAACCAGUGCAUCACGGAACGCCAGAACCGGAUGAAAUCCGCCCUGACCAAGGCCGAGAGUUAUCAGCAGCACCGCGCCGAGCUCACGCCCUGGGUGGCAGAGUGCGAGGAGCGGGAGGCUGACAUCCAGCUCUCCCUAGACCCUGCGGCCCUGGAUGAGGCUUUACAGAAGUCCAGGCAGCUGUGUUUGAAUCUAGACCGCCGUCGCCCCCUCCUGGAGGCUUUAAACAUUGCGGCCGACCAACUCCUGGAACACUGCCACGUUGGAGAGGAAGACGUACGCGACGAAAAAGCCCAACUCAACCGUAGAGUCGACGGGCUGGGAGAAAACCUCCAAAACCGUGUUUCCCAACUGGAAGAGCUAGCGGGUCGACUUAAAGAGUUUGAGGACGGGCGGCAGGCGGUAGAGAGGAGGCUGGAGGCAGCGCGGCAUCAGAUCGAGGUGCAGGAGGCGCUGGGCCCACAGGCGUGCAGCAACAAGAGCCUGGAGCGGCUGAGGAGCCAGCAGGAGACGCUGCACUCGCUGCAGCCACAGGUGGCCUACCUGAGGGAUCUGGCCCAGGGGCUGGUGCAGGACGCACCCCACACGGCAGAGGGUGGCGGAGAGGGAGGACAGAGGCUGGAGCAGCAGGCCCGAGACACGGACAGAGAGUUUGGAGACGUCAGCGAAAAGAUUGAAAAGUGCUGUUCCACCCUGGAGUCCCGUCUCCAGGGCGUGGGCGAGGUCCAGUCCUCGGUGCGCGACCUCUUCUCCCACCUGGCUGACCUGGACGACGAGCUAGACUCGCUGAGCCCCGUGGGGCGCGACGCCGACUCGCUUGCCUCGCAGGCAGAUGCUGUCCAGGCCUUCCUAGCUCGCCUGGCCACGUUGAGGUCAGAGCUCGAAGGUCACGGAGGCGACUGCACCGCCAUGCUCCGGCGCGAGGGGUCGUCUCCCGAUCUCCUCGCCCUGAGGAGAGAGACUGAGGCCCUGAGCCGCCAGGCUGGGAAGCUGUCCGAAAGGGGCCAGGCCAGAAUGGGACAGAUCGAGGUGGCUGCCGAGAAGGUGGGGGAGUUCUACGCCAAGGUGGCGGAGCUGCAAGGGCUGCUGGGACGGGCAGAGGAGGGGCUGAACGCGCAGGGCGUGGUGGGGACAGAGGUGGAGAACAUCAAGCAGCAGCUGCACGAGUUCAAGGCGGUGGAGAGGGAGCAGGUGGACAGCAUUCAACCCAAGCUGCAGCGCGUGAACGCGGUGGGCCAGGGCCUGAUCCAGAGUGCAGCCAAACACACAGACACCCAGGCUCUGGAGCACGACCUAGAGACCACCAACCUCAGAUGGAACUCCCUCAACAAGAGGGUUGCAGAGCGCAUUGCCCAGUUGCAGGAAGCCCUGUUGCAUUGUGGGAAGUUCCAGGAUGCCCUGGAGCCUCUCCUGAGCUGGCUGAGUGACACAGAGGAGCUGGUAGCCAAUCAGAAGCCCCCGUCGGCCGAAUACAGAGUGGUCAAGGCCCAGAUCCAGGAACAGAAGCUGUUACAAAGACUGCUGGACGACCGCAGAGCCACUUUUCAGAUGAUCCAGGGAGAGGGGGAGAGGAUCGCUGCCACGGCCGAGACACAGGACAGAGACAAGAUCCAGAAGCAGCUGGAGAGUCUGGGGGAGAGGUGGGGCGAGCUGCUGGAGAAGGCCAGGGCAAGGCAGUGCCAGUUGGAGGAGCUGCAGACGCUGGCACUCCAGUUCCACGAGGCGGUGGAGCCUCUAGGAGAGUGGCUGAGCGCCACCGAGAGACGCCUGAGCACCGCCGAGCCCAUGGGAACCCAGACUUCCAAGAUCACCCAGCAGAUUACGAAACACAAGGCCGUCCAAGAGGCCGUCUCCUCUAGAGGAGCCGAGGUCGACCGCCUCCAGGCCCUCGGGCAAUCCCUGGCGCCCCUCAGCUGCGCGGCCGACCGCGAUUGGCUGGGGGAGCGCGUGGGGGCGGUGCGGCUAGUCCACUCGGAGCUCAGUGAUUGGUGCCAACGCAGGGCCGUCAUGCUGGAGCAGGCCCUGGCCAAUGCCCAGCUGUUUGGGGAGGAUGAGGUGGAGGUGCUCAACUGGCUGGCUGAGGUGGGCCAGCGGCUGGGACAGGUGUCGGUGCAGAGCUACCAGCCGGGGGUCCUCACCCAGCAGCACAAGCACACACUGUCUCUGAAUGAAGAGAUAGUGAGCAGGAAGAAGCAGGUUGACCAGGCCAUCAAGAACGGACAGGCCCUGCUCAAGCAAACCACAGGUGAGGAGGUUCUGCUGAUCCAGGAGAAGCUGGACGGUAUCAAGUCUCGCUAUGCUGAGAUGACGGGCGGGAGCAGCAAAGCCCUCCGCACACUGGAGCAGGCCCUGCAGCUGAGCACGCGAUUCGCCAGCGCCCACGACGACCUCAACCAAUGGCUGGACAAGGUGGAGGCGGAGCUCAACAUCAUGGAGCCCGACGCCACGCCGACCUAUCAGGACAGACAGAAGGAGCUGAAGUGUGUGUCAGCGGAGAAACGUCUGGUUUUGGACACGGUCAACGAGGUGGGCAAUGCCCUCUUAGACCUGGUGCCCUGGCGUGCCCGCGAGGGUCUGGACCGCCUGGUGGCGGAUGCCAACCAGCGCUACCGAACGGCGGCCGAGACCAUCACCCAGCGGGUAAAGCUGGUACAGGCUGCCAUCCAGAGGUCACAACAGUAUGAGGAGGCGGUGGACGCGGAGCUGACCUGGGCUGGGGAGACGGAGAGGAAGCUAUCCUCCCUGGGGCCUCUGAGUCUGGAGCCUGACGUCACCGUGGCCCAGCUACAGGUCCAGAGGGCCUUCAAUAUCGACAUCAUCCGACACAAAGACACCGUGGACCAGCUAAUCCACACCAGGGACGACAUCCUGGAGACGUGCAGCGACCAGCAGAGAGAUGCUCUGGUGGAGAAGACUGACUCACUGUCUGCCCGCUACGAGGCGGUGAGCCAGCAGCACCAGGAGCGUUUCUCAGCCCUGGAGCAGGCCCAAGUCCUGGUGGCCCGUUUCUGGGAGACCCAGGAGGACCUGGAGCCCUGGCUGGGGGAGACGGAGACGCUUAUCGCCCAGCUGCCCCCACCCGCCAUCGACACGGAGGCCCUGCGUUUACAACAGGAACAGAUGAGGCUCCUGAGGGAGUCCAUAGCGGAGCACAAGCCCCACAUCGACAAGCUGCUGAAGAUCGGCCCCCAGCUGGCCGCUCUGAGCCACCAGGAGGGGGCCACGGUGAGGCAGCGCUACAGCGACGCCGAGAAACGCUACGUGGCCAUCAAGGAGGUCGUCAAGGGUCGCGCCACCACCCUGGAUGAGGCUGUGUCUCAGUCUGCGCAGUUCCACGACAAGAUGGACCCCCUGCUGGAGACCCUGGAAGGGGCCGUGCAGCGCCUCCGAUCCCCUCCUCCCGUGGCAGCGGAGGCAGAUAAGAUCCGGGAGCAGCUGGCCGACCACAAGGCAACAGGGCUGGAGCUGGACAAACUGCUGCCCUCCUUCUCGGCCCUGUGUGCCCGCGGCGAGGAGCUCAUCAGUAGAGCAGCCCACGACGACCCUGCCGCUCAGGCCGUGCGUUCCCGUCUGCUGCGCCUGCGCUCCCUGUGGGAUGAGAUCCGGCAGAGGGCUGAGGAGCGAGAGGGGAAGCUGACGGACGUCUUGGACCUGGCUGGGAAGUUCUGGGCCGACAUGGCGGCGCUACUGAGCACGCUCCGUGACUCGCAGGACAUCGUCAAGGAGCUGGAGGACCCCGGGGUGGACCCCUCACUCAUCAAACAGCAGAUAGAGGCGGCAGAGGCCAUCAAGGCCGAGACAGACGGGCUGAGGGAGGAGCUGGAGUUCGUACGAACCCUUGGGGCUGACCUCAUCUUCGCCUGCGGAGAAACCGAGAAGCCUGAGGUCAAGAAGACCAUCGACGAGAUGAAUGUCGCCUGGGAAGGCCUGAACCGGACGUGGAGAGAGAGGAUGGAGAGGUUGGAGGAGGCCAUGACGGCUUCCGUGCAGUACCAGGAUGCAUUGCAGAGCAUGUUUGACUACCUGGACAACGCAGUGAUCAAGCUGUGUGACAUGUCCACUGUGGGCACUGAUUUGGGAACUGUCAAACAGCAGAUCGAAGAGCUCAAGCAGUACAAGGUGGAGGUGUACCAGCAGCAGAUAGACAUGGAGAAGCUGUGCCACCAGGGGGAGCUGCUGCUCAAGAAGGUCUCGGACCAGACCGACAGAGACAUGAUCCAGGAGCCCCUCACGGAGCUCCGACACCUCUGGGACAACCUGGGGGACAAGAUCACUCACAGACAGCAUAAGUUGGAGGGUGCUCUCCUGGCGCUAGGUCAGUUCCAGCAUGCCUUGUCUGAGCUGCAGUCCUGGCUGAGUCACACCCACGCCACCCUGGACACACAGAGACCCAUCAACUCUGACCCCAAGGCCAUCGAGAUAGAACUGGCCAAGCACCACGUGCUGAGGAACGACGUGCUGUCCCAUCGGUCCACGGUGGAGACGGUGAACGCGGCGGGGGCUGAGCUGCUGGAGUCCAGUCCCGGGGACGAGGCCAACCACCUCCGCGGCCAGCUGGACCACCUCAACCGCGGCUGGGAGAACCUGCUACUCAAGACCCAGGACCGGCAGAAACUACUGGAGGCCGCAUUGCACCAGGCGGAGGGUUUCCAUGGUGAGCUGGAGGAGUUCCUGCAGUGGCUGAGGAGGACAGAGAGCCAGCUGUCUGCAGCCAAACCCACAGGUGGCCUGCCUGAGACGGCCCGGGAGCAGCUGCAGCAGCACCUGGAGCUCCAGACCCAGUUGGCCCAGCGCGCUGAGCAGUACAACCGGCUGUUGGACGCGGGAGAGUCCAUGUUGCUUUCCCGCGGGGGGGAGGAGGGUGGCCCCGGAGCUGGUACGACCCAGACCCAACAGAACUUGGCCCUGCUGCAGAACAAGUGGGCCAGCCUGAACACCAAGAUGGACGACCGCAGGGCGAAGCUGGACGAGGCGGUGUCGCUGGCCACAGGGUUCCAGUCCUCGCUCCAGGACACCAUCAACUGGCUGACCCAGGCAGAGCAGACCCUCAACAUGGCCCAGCCCCCCUCCCUCAUCCUGGACACCGUCCUCUUUCAGAUAGACGAACACAAGGUGUUUGUGAAUGAGGUGAACACCCACAGGGAGCAGGUGCUGGCCCUGGAGAAGGCCGGCUCUCAGCUGCGUUUCGCCAGUGUAAAGCAGGAUGUGGUUCUGAUCAAGAACCUGCUGCUGAGUGUACAGGCCCGCUGGGACAAGCUGGUGCAGAGGUCCCUGGACCGUGGCAGACACCUCGACGAGGCCCGCAAGAGGGCCAAGCAGUUCCAUGAGGCAUGGAGGAAACUGUCUGACUGGCUGGAGGAGGCUGAGAGCCGGCUAGACUCAGAGCUGGAGAUCUCCAACGAACCAGACAAGAUCAAAGUACAUCUGACCAAACACAAGGAGUUUCAGAAGGCUCUGGGCUCGAAGCAGCCGGUGUAUGACACCACAGUGAGGUCUGGUAAGGCCAUGAGGGACAAGGCCACGCUGCCCGAAGACACCCAGAAACUAGACCACCUACUGGGGGAGGUCAGGGACAAUUGGGACACCGUUUGUGGGAAGAGUGUGGAGAGGCAACAUAAGCUGGAGGAGGCCCUGCUGUUCUCAGGGCAGUUUGCUGAGGCCCUGCAGGCCCUGGUGGACUGGCUGUACCGUGUAGAACCCCAGUUGGCUGAAGACCUGCCAGUCCACGGAGACCUGGACCUGGUCUCCAACCUCAUGGACUCACACAAGGCCUUCCAGAAGGAGUUGGGGAAGAGGACCACUAGUGUCCACGCCCUGAAGCGCUCAGCCAGAGAACUGAUGGAGACGGGCCGCGACGACACCGCCUGGGUCAAAGUUCAACUGCAAGAGCUCAGCAACCGCUGGGACACAGUCUGUGCCCUGUCCGUCACCAAGCAGACCCGUCUCCAGCAGGCCCUCAAACAGGCGGAGGAGUUCCGCACGGCGGUGCAGCUGCUGCUGGAGUGGCUGUCGGAGGCGGAGCAGACGCUGCGUUUCCGUGGCGUGCUGCCCGAGGAGGCGGAGACUCUGCAGACGCUGCUCCACACCCACCGGAACUUCAUGGCCACGGUGGAAGAGAAGAGGACAGACGUGAACCGGGCAGCGGGCCAGGGCGAGGCCAUCCUCACCGCGUGCCAGGCCGACUGCAUCACCACCAUCAAACACUGGAUUACCAUUAUCCGCGCCCGCUUCGAAGAGGUCCUCACAUGGGCCAAACAGCACGAGCAGCGUCUGGAGACGGCUCUGACAGAGCUACUCAACAACGCCACGCUAUUGGAGGAGCUGUUGUCAUGGCUGCAGUGGGCAGAGACCACCCUGGUCCAGCGUGACAGAGAAACCCUUCCACAGGACAUCCCUCAGAUCAAAACACUCAUUACAGAACACCAGGUGUUUAUGGAGGAGAUGACCCGGAAGCAGCCUGACGUGGACAAAGUGACCAAGACUUACAAGAGGAAACCAGCAGAGCCCCCUAGCAGCCUAGCUGAGAGGAGAGGAGCUCGUAAAAACCAGCAGCAACAACAGCAUCAACAGGCUGCGAUGCAGGUCGCCGGGGGCAACACCCGUCUGACCCAGCUCUGCUCAAGGUGGCAGCAGGUGUGGCUGCUUGCCCUCGACCGCCAGCGGAAGCUCAACGACGCCCUCGACAGGCUUGAAGAGCUGAAAGAGUUUGCCAGCUUUGACUUUGACGUGUGGAGGAAGAAGUACAUGCGCUGGAUGAACCACAAGAAGUCGCGCGUCAUGGACUUCUUCAGACGCAUCGACAAGGACCAGGACGGAAAGAUCACUCGCCAGGAGUUCAUCGACGGCAUACUGGCCUCAAAGUUCCCCACCAGCAGGUUGGAGAUGACGGCGGUGGCAGACAUCUUUGAUCAGGACGGAGACGGUUACAUCGACUACUACGAGUUUGUGGCGGCGCUGCACCCUAAUAAGGAUGCCUACCGGCCCACCACCGACGCUGACAAGAUAGAAGACGAGGUGACCAGACAGGUGGCACAGUGUAAAUGUGCCAAGCGAUUCCAGGUGGAGCAGAUAGGAGAGAACAAGUACAGAAUGGGCCAGAGCAAUUACAAGUUCUUCCUUGGAAACCAGUUUGGAGACUCGCAGCAGUUGCGGUUGGUGCGUAUCCUGCGCAGUACGGUCAUGGUGCGGGUCGGAGGGGGCUGGAUGGCCCUGGACGAGUUCCUGGUCAAGAACGAUCCCUGCAGAGUUCAACAUCCUGGACUUAAGAUCCUUCGCUCCGACUCCAGUAGCACCAUUUCAUCUCGUAUAGUGACGGUCACUCCUGGCUAUUUCUGCUGCAGAGCCCGAGGCCGUACCAACCUGGAGCUGCGUGAGAAGUUCAUCCUACCGGAGGGAGCUUCCCAGGGCCUGGCAGCGUUUCGUUCCCGGGGCCGGCGCUCCAAACCCGGCUCCCGCACGGCCUCGCCCACCCGCUCUUCCUCCUCAGCCUCGCACAGCGCACAUAGCUGCGCCUCCCUGCCCUCCACUCCCGCCACCCCUACUGCCUCCUCCAGAUCCUCAAACUCGCGUGGCUAUGCCAAGCCCUGGCUGGCACACAGUAAAACGCCAACGCCAACCAAGUGCCAGUCCUGCCCAGACCACGACCACACCACCCCUGGGCACGAGGGGGCAGUUUCAGGGUCCAAGCUGAAGAGGCCCACCUUCCACUCCAGCCGAGGGUCUCUGACUGGAGAGAAUGGAGGAGCUACACCCACUUCUACUAAAUCUGGACGCACCGACCCCAGACGUACCCCAUCGGGAGCCAGUGGCGCUGCCAGCCGGGCGGGCAGCAGAGCAGGCAGCAGGGCCAGCAGCCGGCGGGGCAGCGACGCUUCGGAUGCCUCAGAGCUCCUGGAGACGCGCUCGGCCUGCUCGGACACCUCGGACACCCCACGGCGCCCAGGAGCGGCCAAGCCCUCCAAGAUUCCUACCAUCUCCAAGAAGACCCCAAGCCCCAAGACACCCGCUUCUGGGAAGAAAUAAUGAAGGAGACGUCAAAAAGACGUCAUACAUCUAACUAUAGAGCUGGUUUGACUCCACAGGCUACCCCAGCCCCUCAAACACCAGCCAGGAUGAAAUGGAGAGGAAGAUGUCCAGACUAUAGAAUUAGAUCAAGUAGAACGGACCGUCUCCCAUUCAAAGAGAUGCUCUAUAGUGGACAGACUACUGGCGGCCAUAUUGGGUGUCACAUUUGAUCCAAACAUCCAUCCAUAGGGCUUGCAUGGGAUUCAUGCACCAAGACUACUGUAUGGAGGGCAGGUAGAGAGGGGGAGAAAUAUCUUUCUAUUUUUUCCCGCUCUCGUACACACACUCAAAUACACUCACUGGGGGCAUCGAGGCCCGGGUUCGUGCACUUAGACUGGGGUGAAACGGGACAGAACUUCCCCCUUUAGAACCCAGAUCCCAGUUUGCCUUCCAGUCUCCUGUGCGCUCUCUCUCGUAACGGGAUUGUGCUAGACUGUUUCAGAGAAAGCCACAGCAGUUUGAACCGACAACCAACCAACAUGAUGCUGCCUUAUUUGUGUUGCACAUUUCUGUCCUUACUUUUACCUAAUCUGAGUUCCACAGAGCGUUAGGUAGAGCCUUGUAACUAACUACUUUGUGUAUGUACACACUGACACACACACAACUGAAAUACACACACACACAUUGAGGGUAGUGACGAAAGGACUCAGAACUUGCUGGAGAAUGGCAUUCCGAAGAACUGGAUUGUGGGUAUUGUGGAAAUUGUUUCUCACCAGGAGUUAAACAGAAAAUAUCCAAUGACUGCCAUCUUGUUUUUUUACUCUCCUGGACUGGGAAGUGAAGAGGAAUGACACUUCAGCAUGUCUGUGGGUCGGGAACAACCGGACUAGCGUGGAUUUAUGUUCAGUGUGUGGGCUGCCCCACUGACAACUUCCUGAACUGCGCUAACUGCCUAAACCUCAAGCCUAGGAGACUGUGGAAGUGGUGGGAAACACAUACACACGGCAAUGUCCUCACAAACCACUGCAACAAUCAGUGUGUUGGUAGGUGGGAGUGUGUGUUUGAUGGAAGGGAGGGGUUGUGAUAUGGCCCCAUUAGUCUGAAGCUUACACUCAAAUUUUAAAAUUACUUCUUGGUGGGACCCCACUAACGGCAAAAAUGUGACAAAAUGUGUAACAAUGAAGUGGCUUGUAAGGACAUGCACAAUUUAACACAAUUUAAGCUACGCUUAUUCCAGAUUAGAGAUUGAAAACCGGCGCACACUGACAGUCUGUAUCGCUGUAAUUCCACUUCGCCCCUCUCCCCUCCGUUGCCACUGGAAACCCCCAGAGCAGCAAACAUAAAUGUUUGCGUAAACGCGUGUCGUCGUUACACGUUACAGAAAUCAGAGGUCAUCCGCGUGCAAAGAUUUGAUUUGUGAAUGUCUUUCUUUCAUUCUGGUUAAUUUAUAAUCCUGUUCAAUUUUUUUGUUUGUUGCUUUUCUAGCUUAAGAAAACAUUUUUAUUUAUUUUUCAGUUCUGUAUCAUAUCACCUUGGAGAAUGAUUAGUAUUAAGAUGAAUGAAGUCAUGAUAUUUUGUACCAAGGGAAAUGCCCUCUCCUCUCUUCAACGUUGUAUGUUUCUACUUCUUCAUAACAUUACUCAACCAGGAAGCUGACUGAUUCCCAUGGCAGCCUUUUUUUUUUUUUUGCUAAUGACUACAACUCCCAGAACACGACCAAAGGGGGUUGCCCUCAUUGACUUGGCAAAAAACUACGAAUAUGAAUGAAAGGGAGCUGAAGGGGCCAAUGAGUGAACCCCUAGUGUCCCGCCUUAUAGGCGUUUGAAUGGUCGUGUCUUUGAUGGCUGCAAAUGUGCUUCCCUGUUUGUUGAUGUGAGAGCUGAAGUAUCUGAAAACCUAAUGAACGCAAGUGACAUCUUAAGGUGAUUUUUAUGUAUUUAUUGUCUCUUUGGGGGUGGGGAUCCGGGCGCAGGAGAGGAAGUCACCUUUUGGUGUUAUUCACAGUGUGAUGAAGAGAAAAUAUGGAGGGUGGGGGAGGCGGUUAGAAGUCAAUUGUGUAAAAUAAAAAUAUAAGAUUAUAAA